CGAUGUGCUGACAGUCGCUGGCAAAGCUCGCCUGAGAAACACAUCGCACCUUGUCUUGCACACUGAACAGGGAGCGAGGUCUUCUGUUUUACGCCCAUAUUUAAAGAAGGGAAAAGAGCUAGCACGAACAUUUGAACGUUUUAACAAUGAAGCGUUCGGUGCCUAAUUUUAACUGAGUGUUGGCUCCAUUUGGCAUUUUUGAAAACCUAUUGGGACUUUUGAGAUCCGCAUCCGCAAUUUUAUCGCUCCCAUUUCUUCCGCUCACUCGACACCGAUGCGGUGAUUUUUUUUGAUCAGAUGAAAGCCUGAAUCGAUGUGGAGAUAACCAACCAGGUUCAUCGGUGAGCUUGACUUGUCAAGGGGCGCAUGAUGGUCCAUUUCUCAAGAUUAUGGAUCAAAAUGUCUAAACGGAUGUGAAUUGAAGGUUUGUGAACACUGAGGGCCCUGCUCGGGCCUGCACAUUAACACUGCAAAGUGGUACUUUAUCUGCGUUUGGUUUAGUGCUGACGUUAGGCCUACACAAUGACAUUUGUCUAGAUUUAAAUGAACCUGACAUUAAUGACCCUAGACACCUCUAAUGAACUCUAUGCUUUCUAGCACUACCCAUGGCUGCAGUUUAUGUAGAUACCUUGAUGUUUCGGCACCACUGUAGCACACUUGGAUUUCACUAAAGGAUUUUCAAAGUUAGGGAGUAGCCUUAUUUUUUUAGCAGACCACUAUUUUGGCCUUAGUGUGUUUGUCUCCAAAAUUGAGUCAUUUUUUUUACAAUUAAAAGAGUUGGGCGUUAGACAGGCCCUCUCGCUUUUUUAGUGAACGAUGAAUAAAUUAUCCCAAAUGUUUAGCAGUCCUGUAUGCCAUAGGGAGCUUUGUUACACUUUAGGAGCAGACAACUAAGCGAGCUGAAGCAUUUUAGUAUUUUUUUAUUAAGUCAAAUUGUUCUACCUUCCUUCGAUGUUCACGAUGAGCUUCACAAUGCGAAACGGCGCACAUUUAAUUUGGAUAGGCCUACUGGUUUGUUGCCUCGUCGAUAUGGGGGCUAGCAUGGAGUUCACAGGCGCCGAAGGCCAAUGGGCAAGGUUUCCUAUGUGGAACGCCUGCUGCGAGAGCGAAAUGAGUUUCAACAUGAAGACAAAAAGCGCUCAUGGACUUUUAGUGUAUUUUGACGAUGAAGGAUUCUGUGACUUCUUGGAACUGCUCAUCCACAACGGUAGACUCAGUUUGCGGUUCUCCAUCUUUUGCGCCGAACCGGCGACGGUGCUCUCCGACACCGCGGUAAACGACAGCCGUUGGCACGCCGUCACCUUGCGCAGGAAUUUCAAAAACACUACGCUAGUCGUGGACGAAGAGAUCAAGUGGGUGGAGGUUAAGUCUAAAAGGAGGGACAUGACGGUCUUCAGCCAUUUGUUCUUGGGGGGGAUACCUCCCGAACUUCGAUCUGUGGCGCUACGCCUCACAUCUUCAGCCAUCAAAGAUCAGGUCCCCUACAAAGGGUGGAUAACCAAUUUGAGAGUGAAUGCUUCCGAGCCAGCGCUUAUCGGUAGCGAGGGAGUCAACAGCGACAUUUGCGAAGCUGACCACAUUUGCCAGAACGGAGGAGUCUGCAGCAUCGUCAACGAUGAGCCCAUUUGUGACUGCUCCGAAACGGGAUUCCAGGGAAAAGAUUGCAGUGAAGAAGAGGCCUACGUCGGAGGUCUUGCGCACCUGAUGAUGGGCGACCAAGGGAAAAGAAAAGAGAGAGAGGAGUACGUGGCCACCUUCAAGGGUUCGGAGUAUUUCUGUUACGACCUGUCGCCGAACCCCAUCCAGAGCAGCAGCGACGAGAUCACGCUCUCCUUCAAGACCCUGCAACGCAACGGCCUGAUGCUCCACACCGGAAAGUCCGCAGACUACGUCAACCUGGCGCUGAAGAACGGCGCGGUCUCGCUGGUCAUCAACCUGGGCUCUGGGGCCUUCGAGGCCCUGGUGGAGCCGGUCAAUGGGAAAUUUAAUGACAAUGCCUGGCAUGAUGUGAAGGUUACCAGGAACCUUCGUCAGCACUCAGGCAUUGGACACGCUAUGGUAACAAUAUCCGUGGAUGGAAUUCUGACCACCACUGGAUAUACUCAAGAGGACUACACCAUGCUGGGCUCUGACGACUUUUUCUAUGUCGGUGGGAGUCCCAGCACUGCCGAUCUGCCCGGAUCUCCUGUUAGCAACAACUUUAUGGGAUGCCUGAAAGAGGUUGUGUACAAGAACAACGAUGUAAGGCUCGAGCUGUCUCGACUGGCCAAGCUUGGCGACCCCAAGAUGAAGGUGAGCGGUGUGGUGGCCUUCAAAUGUGAGAACGUUGCUACCCUGGACCCCGUCACCUUCGAGACACCCGAGUCAUUUAUUACCCUUGACAAAUGGACCGCCAAAAAAGCUGGGUCCAUCUCUUUUGACUUCCGCACCACCGAGCCCAACGGCCUGCUCCUCUUUAGUCACGGAAAACCCAAACCGCAGCAACAGAAAGACCCCAAGAGCCCCAAGACACUGAAGGUGGAUUUCUUCGCCAUAGAGAUGCUUGAUGGCCACCUGUACCUUCUGCUGGACAUGGGCUCGGGCACCACCAAAACCCGUGCCGUUAACAAAAAGGUCAAUGACGGGGAAUGGUACCACGUUGACUUUCAAAGAGACGGAAGAUCAGGCACCAUCUCCGUUAAUUCGAUCCGUACUCCCUACAAUGCUCCCGGGGAGAGCGAGAUCCUGGACUUGGAUGACAUCCUCUACCUGGGAGGCCUGCCAGAGGAUCGCGCUGGGCUGAUCUUCCCUACGGAGGUGUGGACCGCUCUACUGAACUACGGCUAUGUGGGCUGCGUGCGAGAUCUGUUCAUGGACGGCCAGAGCAAAGACAUCCGGCGGAUAGCGGAGGCCCAGAGGGCUGUAGGGGUGAAGCCAUCCUGUUCAAAGGAACCACCUAAGCAGUGUCUGAGCAACCCGUGCCUUAACAGUGGCACCUGCAGGGAGGGCUGGAACCGUUACGUGUGUGACUGCUCUGGGACGGGCUAUUUGGGACGUUCCUGUGAGAGAGAUGCCACUAUUCUUAGUUAUGAUGGCAGUAAGUUUAUGAAGAUCCAGUUGCCAGUGGUGAUGCACACCGAGGCAGAGGAUGUGUCGCUACGGUUCCGUUCCCAGCGUGCCUACGGUGUUCUCAUGGCAACCACAUCCCGUAACUCUGCUGAUACUUUGAGACUGGAGCUGGAUGGAGGGCGUGUCCGACUCACCGUCAAUCUAGACUGUAUCAGGAUUAACUGUACUACCAGUAAAGGUCCAGAGACCAUAUUUGCGGGCCAGAACUUGAAUGACAACGAAUGGCACACAGUUCGCGUGGUCAGGAGAGGCAAAAGUUUGAAGCUAAUGGUGGAUGAUCUACAGCCCUCGGAAGGUCAAAUCACGGGGGACCACACGCAGCUGGAAUUCCACAAUGUGGAAACUGGCAUAGUUACGGAAAAGCGUUACAUGCCCGCCGUGCCCUCCAACUUCAUCGGCCACCUGCAGGGCUUGUCCUUCAACGGCAUGUCCUACAUUGACCUGUGCAAGAACGGGGACAUUGACUACUGCGAACUGAACGCCAUGAUCGGCUACAGGAGCAUCGUGGCAGAUCCGGUGACCUUCAAGUCGCGCUCUAGCUACGUGACCCUGCCCACCCUGCAGGCCUACUACUCCAUGCACCUGUUUUUCCAGUUUAAAACCACCUCGCCAGAUGGUCUCAUCCUCUACAACCGAGGAGAUGGCAAUGACUUCAUAGUGGUGGAGCUGGUGAAAGGGUAUCUCCAUUAUGUGUCAGACCUGGGGAAUGGAGCCCAUCUCAUUAAAGGAAACUGCAACACACCUCUGAAUGACAACCACUGGCACAAUGUGAUGAUCUCACGAGACACAAACAACCUUCACACUGUCAAAAUAGACACAAAAAUCACCACACAGACUACCAUGGGAGCCAAGAAUCUGGAUCUGAAAGGUGAUCUGUAUGUAGGCGGUGUGGCCAAAGAGAUGUAUAAGGACUUGCCUAAGCUGGUGCACUCCAAAGAAGGUUUCCAGGGCUGCUUAGCAUCGGUAGAUCUGAACGGCCGUUUACCAGACCUGCUGUCGGACGCGCUAGCCAACGCUGGCCAGGUGGAGAGAGGCUGUGAAGGUGAGGAAAAUGGCCCCAGCACGACCUGUCAAGAGGACUCCUGCUCCAAUCAGGGCGUGUGUCUGCAGCAGUGGGAGGGGUUUAGUUGCGACUGCAGCAUGACAUCAUUUGGAGGACCACUGUGCAACGACCCGGGAACCACAUACAUAUUCGGACGUGAUGGAGGACUUAUUGUGUACACAUGGCCGCCCAAUGACAGACCAAGCACACGAGCAGACCGAUUGGCUGUCGGCUUCAGCACCCAGCAGAAGGACGCAGUCCUGGUUAGGGUGGACAGCUCCUCCGGUCUGGGAGACUACCUGCAGCUUCAGAUUGAGAAAGGCAAUAUCAAAGUGGUGUUCAAUGUGGGCACCGAUGACAUAAACAUUGAAGAAACCUCAAAGUUUGUAAAUGAUGGAAAGUACCACAUAGUUCGCUUUACCAGGAGUGGCGGUAAUGCCACUUUGCAGGUGGAUGAUCUGCCAGUCAUAGAGCGCUACCCAUCAGGCAACAUUGAUAACGAACGCCUGGCGAUUGCUAGACAGCGAAUCCCAUAUCGGCUUGGUCGAGUAGUUGACGAAUGGCUACUCGACAAAGGUCGGCAACUCACCAUCUUCAACAGUCAGACCACCAUAAAGAUCGGCGGCUGGGAAAAGGGCAGUCGGCCUUUCCAGGGUCAGCUCUCUGGGCUUUACUACAAUGGCCUAAAAGUGCUCAACAUGGCCGCCGAGGGCGACCCCAACGUGCGCGUGGAGGGUAGUGCCCGACUGGUGGGAGACAUGCCCUCGUCUUCUAUUACGCCCCAGUCCAGCGCCUCUGCCACGGGCAACCGUUCGGAGACGUCCCCCUCCAUCACCGACAUGACGACUACAACCGCGUCCAACCGACAGGGCAAGCAGACGACGACUCCACUGGAUGACCUUCUGGUGGCAUCAGCCGAGUGUCCCAGCGAUGAUGAGGAUAUUGACCCUUGCGACCCAAGUUCAGGUGGGUUAGCCCACCCUCCGCUGCCCGAAGCGAAGGGUUACCCCAGCCCGGAGGUGAUCCGGGAGUCCAGCAGCACUACGGGGAUGGUCGUGGGCAUUGUCGCGGCCGCCGCCCUGUGCAUAUUAAUCCUAUUGUACGCCAUGUACAAAUACCGAAAUCGCGACGAGGGCUCGUACCACGUGGACGAGAGUCGCAACUAUAUCAGCAAUUCAGCCACGCAGCCCAACGGAGCGGCGGUCAAAGAAAAACCCAUCUGCGUUCCCAAAAAUAAAAAGGAUAAGAAAAACAAGGACAAAGAGUACUAUGUCUGAUCUUACAGACAUCCCUCCCCCUUAUAAUCCCAUCCACAGAUCCAAUGCUCCGAACUCACACAUUAAAGGGGAGGGGAGAUCAACUUGUGUAUAGUAAUUGAGAAAAAAAGAUUGAAAAACUGUCUUAGCUUUACCUAAGACGUGAUAUACUGUUACUAACAAUGACGAAAUAUACUUUAUAACCAAGCACACAAGAACUUGACCCAGCUGCAAAGUGUGUACAAAACGAAAUCAAAGCAGAGAACGGACCCAAUAUUUGGAGAGGCUCUGUGUAGCCAACUGUGGAUGAGGGGGAUUGGACCAAGUCAGCCUUGAAGAAGUGUAUUGCUGACAGACACGGCCACUGGUUAGAUUUAAAUGUAUUUCAUAUUAUGUUGCCUGUAUAUGUGUUGCCAGAACAUUUUCCCUCUAAAGCCAGAAAAACAUCUGCAAACAUUCGUUUGACCCGAUGGAAAAGAAAAGAAGGACUUACAAUGAGAUGCUACCUAUGAUUGUUGAAUCAGCCAAAGUAUUUGACUCCCAUUUCUGAUGGCAGUAUUGCAAGACUGGAUGAGAAAUGAAACUGAUUUCCGUUCGCCCCGGACAAAGAUCUUGCUGUCAAAGAGAGGUGCGGAGGCCUUAAAUAUCAAUCCAAGUGUAAAGGUUGUUGGAUUUUCUUCUGUUUGUAUGUUUGUCAGAACGAUGACAGAUUACGCUGGUGAUGAGGAGGAUUGCCAUGGCCGUAUGGGAUAGAUUGAGAAAAACUCCAUGCACGUAAAGUAUCUUAUUACAUGUUUAUAUACGGUGCAAAGACUAUCUGUGUGCUCUCUGGACUGUGGCUGAAGUGGUGUUUUAUAGCCUGUUAUAUAGAUGAUGCCAACUACAGUAUACCUGCUCUUCAAACUUUUUUUUUUUUUUUAGAAAAAACAAAGGCGAAAACAAUGAAAAACAGACAAUUAAAUGUUGAUGUGUUGCUAUAGCGAUAGAGCCGUUUCUGCCAUUAGCUAUGAAGAUUUUGUUUUUUCCCUCUUUUAUGUGCAUCUUCAACAUCAGUUAUUUUGGCCAUACUCCUUUCUUUCCCUCUUCUUUUCUUUUCUUUUCUUUUGUGUUUGCCGUUGUGUCAACAUGAAAACACAAGAGUAUACGUUUUGGGAAAGCGAGCAGAAAUGGGAAAACGAACUAAGAUUUUGGACUGUUUAAGCAAUAUUUUCUUGCUUGUCUUAGUGACCAAACAAAUUAUGCAUGAUAUUUAGAACUCAGAUCUGCUGGGAGACAAUAUCAUAAUCUCAAAGUAACACUAAUGAAUUCAGUCCCCAAAAUUUCAGGCAUUGGAUAAUAUCACAACAAAGAUAUGAAAACAACCCUUCAGAAGUGUUUGCAAACAUUCUUAACUCUGCUAUCUUGUACUGUGUGAGAUGUACAAGAGGUAUAAAAUAUAUGACAUUCUGAAUAAAAUGUUUGCUUUUUGUUUUUGUGUGUUUUUUAUUUGUGUACAAUUUUUCUAUAAUACCUUCUUUUGUUUUUAUUGUGACAAUUCUUUGAUGACCUCAAAGUGAAGAUUUAUUAUGAAAAAAUAGUUUUGAAAAAUCAAAUGAAUCAAUAAAAUAUUAAGACCUA